AUGAACAACCCAGACUGGCGCCAACGUGGUAGUCAGACCGGAUCUGAUGAGUCGAGUUACCCGGACUUGGCUGCUAAGAAGGCCCCACGAAGAGAAGGGCUGGUAAAGCGUGACAGUGCUGAGAACCGAAUGCAACUUUUCCCUUCUGACGCAAGCUUUCUGAAUACCCUAAAUGCUGAUCCCUCUCAACCACGACCUCGAAACUGGCAUCCAUCAUCUACCGGAACAGAAGACGGAACCAAUAGCAACGAGAUGGGAGAUAGGGCCCUGGGUGCGAUCAAGUCGAACCAGGCGAUUGAUAAUGGAGGCAAAGAAUGGGGGAUGAGUAUCAUCGAGAUUGUUCCUUUUUGUGGUGGUGGUGGUCAGCCUGCGACCCAAGGUCGUUCUAAUGCUACUUACUCAACAGCCUCCAACAUGAAUAAUGUUGUGGAGAUUCGCCAUAUGGGAACGCAUAAAGCUCGAAAGGAUAUCAGCUUUCCAUUUGUGGGCCAAGAUCAACAUGAACAACUUGCUGCGGCCCUCAGAGGGGCCGGAGAGACGCCAAAGAAAAUGAAAAGGCCCGAAACAUUCAGCUCCAUUUACGAAGACUCGACCGCCGAAAACACGACCAGAUCAUCGUCGGUUGAGAUAAUCCUCUCCGGAAGCCCUACUACAAACACCAACCUGCUGAAGCAAAAACCAAGUCUUUCGGCUUCACGUGAGUCAGAGAAUAAAGUGAGCCUUCUGAGCCACGAGCGAGGCAGACACAUCGAACGAGGUCUUGCCAAUGAUGGAGCUAGCGAUGCCUUUGGUAGAAUGCUUCAACGCUUGCACAAAAAUAUGAACAAGGGCCAAACAUCUCAAGGCAUCGAAAUGAAAGACUUUCAGCCCGAAAAGAGCAGCAAAUGGAAUGGCCACCUGAGUUCUCGUACGAGGGGAGAUAGCAGUUCUUCCUCAGGGUCUAUCUUCAAUCCAAGAGCCAGAGAAUUUUUCUCCCUCGUUGCUGGGACUUCAGCAGACGCUGAGAGCAUCCAACCCAAGAAGCCUGUGCGUCCUGAUCUCCAAGGAUAUUUUAAUCCCAGUCCCAUUGUGCCGCCGUUGGAGACGGUACACAACAAGGGCUACGGUCAAGACAACCUUUCUCUGCCUAUCCAAAGCGGACUUCCCUUCGCCAUGUUUGACCCUGGAGCCACAUUGGGGGACAUGCCACUUCCUACCUUGCAUUCUCAAUUUCCUGAGCAGCCUAUGGCGAAGCCCAUUCCCCAAUUGUACACCAAUCCUGCUAUGACAUGGAGCACCCCGAACUUAGCACCGGCCCAGCAUGUUGGCCCAAUGCCAGUCGGUAUGUCGAAUGGGGCCUGGUCCGGCACACUGCCGGUGCCUCCAAUGUUUCCGGGCAUGAUGCCUGCGCUUGCAGGACCACCAAUGGAGCCCAUGCAUCCUACUCUCGGAUCUACAACAUCGUUCCAGAAGUCAGUGACCAUGCACCCGAUGAACCCCCCUCAAGGAUCUCAGUUUCCUGCCAAUGCCCCUGCUCAGAGACACCCAGUGCCGAAGCCCCGGGUGCCUGACCCUGGUAACCAGCAGGCGUACGAAGCAUGGAUUGAAUGGCGCAAGGCAAACGAGCCUGGCUAUGCUAUAGAGUGCAAGCUCAGACAGCAACGUCGUGCCCAGAGGAACAUGGGAAGCAAGCCCCAUGCACAGGCUUCUCGAAGCCUGGAAGUGAAAUCAACCGCUUAA